AUGCACCUCUUCGGCCUAAUCUUUCUGCCUGCCACUGUUGCCAUCACACUCAGUACUCCGAAUUAUCCGGCGCCCUAUGCGGGGAAUAUUCCAAGGUCUAGUUCAAUUAUCUCGGUUACUGGAAGCUUUUCGUCAGAAUUUUCGAUUCUCUUGCUAGCCGAAUUACGAAACUCACUGUUAAGCAGGGGAAAUGUCAUUCGUAAGAUCUGAGCGGCAACUGAUAAAACGUUCACAGGCGUACGAUUAACAAGGUACUUAACACGCCUUAGGAGGUGUUUUUUUAAAUAAAAUAAGAGCCUGGAGAGCUUUGAAUUGUUUUUUUCAUUCUUCAAAGAGAAUGGUUGUAUCAAUAGAGGAGGCUCGAUAUUUAUUCUAUAGAAAAAAAAACUGGCAGGAUUCCAUUCUUUGGUCGAGAAAAAAGGCGAAUGAUUACAGAAUUCGAGUCUCAUUGGACGUUUACCAAGGCCAAGGUGUCGCCGUGGUUUUCGAGCAAUUCCUGGUCAGUCCGGAUGAUUGUGCGAUCGCUUGUCAAACAGGAACGUUCAACUGCUCAUAGUCAGUUUCUUUUGAAUUUUCAAAGUUGAGUUUUUCAGUAUUUGUGGAGACGUGAUGGACCAUGGGCUCAUUCCGAAAAUUCUCCGAGUUGAAGGAUCAGCUACUGUAACGCUUCAGACAACCAAAACCGCCGACGGUUUUCCGCACUCAGGCGUCAGCGCGAAAUUAGUUGCCUACGGUAUAAUUUGUUAUCCAUCCUGUUAACCCUAUCACUCUUAUCAGAUUUGAGCGAUCCUGCAUUCGUGAACUGUGGAGAAAGCAUAAAUAUAUCGAACGGGUCAACUUUUUACCUGCUCUCGCCAAAUUAUCCUCUCACUCCGCCGGUCGCAGUUGCGAAUUGCUCACUUUCUUACAUUUCGAAAGACGGCAUUCGUCUAGCUAUCUACGAUUUCUACACCGAUUCUCUCCACGAUUCAUUUCAAAUCACAGGAUUUGAUAAAAAUGGGAGCCUGCAACAAGUGAAUUUGAAGUUUGUUUAAGUAUCAGAACAAAUCGAGACUUUUAACGAUUUCAUCAUUUUUCAGCCUCAAAUUUCUCACUAUUGAUUGAAUUUUCAGAGGAUACGAAACUUAUGACAAUCCAUACGCUUUGUACUUCAACAAGCAAGUCAAUAUCACUUUUUCCCUUUCCGACCUUCACGUUUUCUAUCAAAAACGUUUUUACAUCAUUGUCAACGAGUUUCUAGGCAUUGAAACUAUCUCCAUAUCAUCUCAAUUUUUUAUUUAACAGAGGUUGAUGAGCCGAGUAGCGCCAGUUGCAUAGAACCUGGGAAUUUCGUUGUGAAAAUCAACGAGAGGAUCCAGUUUGGAACCAAAAACUUCGGAGUCAAAGCCUACGAGCCGAAUACAUUGUGCGAUUGGAACUUUCAGAAAGAAGCAACGAAUGGAGAAAGUCUUCUUGCUUUUGGUAAUAUAUAACUUUCAUUGUUUCAAAAAAAGUUUUCAGCUUUAUCCUACGAGUCUGAAAAAUGCUGUGACAUUAUGGAAGUUGAUGGGCUUUCUCAAUGGCACGUGAGUAACUUUUUCAAUUUUUUCUUUUGUUUUUUGGGUUUUUAGGCUCAUUGCUCUGAAAAAUAUUUUGAGAUCAGAAGAAUCGAAAAAAAGGAAAGAUUGAUUAUUUUCGGAAAGGAAGAAACUCAGAAGCAUUUUUCGAUAGCAAGAAGUUAAAAUUAUGUUCCUGAAUGGAAAUUCUUUCAAUUUUCAAAAAACUAACAAAUGUGGAUAUCCUUUUAUUUAGGUGUAAAUCUUCGAGAAAUUUUCGAAAAUAAAGUUAACCAUUUUUGUGUUUCUUCUCAGGAAGAAUACCAAGGCUGGGAGUACAGCGAGGUCCGAUUUACAAACAGCGGGAAUGUGACUAUGCGCUUUUCUUCCGAUGGCGUCAUGCAGGCAACGGGUUUCCAGGCCCUCGUCAACCACGUUGGUAACUUUUGUUGAUAUUAUUUCAAGAUUUGACACUAUUUUGGGAAAAUUCCGGAGAGUUUGCCCUAUGAAAGUUUUUUUAGAUUGAUAAAUGAUUUCAUUAUCUUUUGGCGUGAGAAUAUCACGUUUUUUAUUUUACUUGUAGUUUAUCGAAAACAUCAUCAAGAAAUACGCUGAGGAACCUUUGAAGGUUGGAUUAAAGUUCUUCUUAAUCGCUACCUUUAGAAAAUUUGUUUUUGAAUGAAGUUUCGACUUUAUGUCGGCAGCACCUUGGAGGAGGAACUACUGUAUGCUUUCAGAAACGCUUCAGCAAACCUUGAAAAACUAAUAAAAUUAUUUUUUGAGCAUUAUGGUGGUUAAGGUGACGGCAUAAAAUCAUUUACAAUACCGACAGAAAAGAAAGAAUAAAAACGUGACACAUCUUUCUUGUAAGGAAUUCAAUCUUAGUGAAAUUUUCUGAAGCUGCGUUUUUUCUGUGAACUGAAACUUCAUCAGAGUGUUAAAAAUAUCAGUCAUCACAACUACAGAAAGUUUCAGAAAGAUUGAUUUCCUUACAAGAAAGUUUUUACCGAAACCUCGUUUUUUUGUGAAUUUCCUGAAGGUACUGUAUGUUCCAGAUUGCUCCUGUGGACAAGACAUAACGCUCAACAGAACUGUUCCAAUCGCAAUGUUGACUUCUCCUGGAUAUUCGCAAAACGCGAUGACAUAUUGUCCGAAUUUAACAUGCUCCUGGAAAAUUUAUGCAGAACCGGAUGAUAACAUUUUCAUAGAACUGAGCGAUUUGGCUCUCCGUUCAUACACAUUGACCAACAAAACGGAUUUGCUACAAAUAACUGAUGCCUAUGGACACAUCAUGGCGACGUAACCUUCAAAGUUCAAAUUUUAUUCUUUUCCUUGUUCAGGAUUCCGCCAAACUAUUUGGGGCUUAUCAAUUUCACUCGAACUGUUACACCAAUUUACAUCAGUUUCACAAGCACAAGUUUGGCAACCUUCCCUAUUGUGGAAAUCGGGAGAGGAUUUGCUAUAACUCUCAGGAGAACCCCGAGUGAGUUUAUUCUUAUUUUCAAAGCUUGAACAAUUUAUUCAGAGAAAAAUAAUUUCCAAAACAAUAUCUUUCAAUGAUAAUUAUUUCAUGGAGGACAUUUCAACAAAUAACUUCAGAAGCGGGCUGAAUUCUACUUUUUGAGUUCAAAGUCACUGCGAGAAAAGGUAGAAAGGUAACGAUUUUUGAAUUUUUUUCUCGAUACAUUUUUUUGAACAUCACCGCUUAUCAAAAAAAGUAUGAAUAAGAAAAAAAGUUUGAAAAAUUGAAAAAAAUUGAAACUUUAAAAAAAUACAAAAAUCAAAGUCUGUUUGAAUUAUGAAGCUUCGAAACGCAAAGGCCUUCCGAAGAAAAAAAUAACUGCGCUCUUAAUAGCGGAGUGGUAGAGGUUUUGCAAAGCCCGUAAAUUCGUUUUACAAGGAAAAACAAGUUUCGAUUGAAUAUUGAAGUUUCUUAGGAAACAUUGAAACCUUAACAGAAAAAUUUCCAUUUCUCCGAUUUCUGGUUUUUGCUCAUAAUCUGGUGUGGCUUAAGCAAAUGGAUAUUGCUUUUGGAGGUGAAUUACUGCAUGCCUCUUUGAAAACUGUGCAAAGUUUCAAGACAUUUGAACCACUUGUAAAGUAGUUAGGCUCUAAAAACUAUUUUAAAAGAAAUUUAUGGCCAGUACUGUAUCGCUUUUAAAAGUUACAAAAUCAACAUGUCCAUGCUAUUUACUUCCGCAAUAGAGUUUCACAAAAGUUUGAGUUGAAAAAAAAUGUUUUCAGAUCAGCGUCUUCUUUUUUUCAACCAUUGCGCACAAUGUUUUUGUUGAUGUAUAUGAUGGCGACACCUCAGAGGCUAACUUGAUCGACAACAAGUUUGAGAGAUGAGAAAACAGCCGAGAUUCCCACAUUUUCCAGACCCCUUUAUUCAAAUGUGGACAUCGAUGGGUACAGCUUUUCUUUGACAAGUAGUCAAGAACACAUGUUGAUACGAGUUCAAGCCGAUAUUGACUUGACCAUAUCUGAUCACGAUUUCCAAGCUAUGGUCACGGAUGCUAAAGAUGGUUAAAAAACCUCAAGUCAAUGACUUUUUUGGAUUUUCUAGAAAACUGCGGAUACUUGGCGUACUCGAUUUCCAAACAACAAAGCUCCGAAAAAAUCCCUUUUCUAGGCACGAACUGUUUCAAGGUUUCAUUUAACUUCCUCGGAAGUUUUUCUUCAUUUUUCAUGUUACAGGUUUUUCAUAUUAUGGAUCUAAACUACGAUUUGAACAAAUAUCUAUCACUGAAUUUGGAAGAGCGAAACUCAGUCGACGUAUACUUAGGAUUAUCAACGAACCAAGAAAACCUAUUGAUGAGGUUUUUAAACCUGUUCCCUGCAAUAAAAGGUGUUCUUAAGUGAUACUGUUAAUGAUCUCCCUCGAGCCAUUUUUUCGAACUAUCUAACUUUGAAGUUUUCAACGAAAGAAGAGUUUUACGUGCAGUACUCCUGGUUUGAAUCGGGUCGGUUUAUUUUCGACAACUUAUUAAAUAAGUUUCAAAUAGGAUAUAUCCUGCCAUUUUCAAUGAAUUCGAACGAAACAGUAGUGAUAAUGUCUCGGGAUUAUCAGCGGUCCUCUCCUCCAUUCGAACAGCAAUUUUCUGUGGAACUGGUAUGUUUUUUUUUUGAAUUUGCUUACUUCUGAACAUUUCACUACAUGAGAAAAGGUUCGUCAGGAUCAACUAAAGUCAUUUUUACUUUGAAGCAAAAUUUUUUUCAGGAAGGCGAAUCUUCUUUGCAAACGGGAUUGCGUUUUGAAGUUUUGGCGCCUUUGGGUGAGGGCUAUGGGUUCAUAGAGAUGAGCAAUUAUGACGAAACCCUCUCUCAUACAAAGUGAGAAUCUUUUGUUUGAAGAAAUAUAUAAUUAUUUUUUUCUUGUCUAAGAGAAAAAUCGGGGAUUGCUUCGCUGCAUAGAUUGUUGAAAAAUUUUCGAAUUUUUUUCCUCAAAAAAAUAUUAUUUUUGGAAGCUCUUCAGCCCAUAAAGACUGUUAUUAAAGGACUUUCUUUUUGAACAUCUAAAAAAAUUAUUUUUUUAAUAACUUUCAAACUUCUAUUAUACAUGUACGUAUGAGAAUCUAAAGUCAAUUUAUAGAUACGCUUCUUCAAACGGAACAUUUAUAUUCCAAUCAUGUGGGACAAAAAUGCAAAUACAGUAUUCCUCACCAGGAGGAAGUUCAAGUGGACUCUUUGCAAAAGCAUCCCGAGGUAAUCUCUCAUCAGAGAAGAUUUGAAGGCUAUAUUUUUCCAGCUGAUCUCAAAUGCAAAGGAACGAGUUCAACGUCAUCUUCGUUCUUAUCUUUUGUCAUAUCAUCUGUACUACUUGCUUUUCGAAAAUAA